AAAGGUGUUGACUUAUAAUAAAAGUAACAUGUACAUAUUUGUAACGUGGUUGAAGGGUUAUGAUGUUGGGUUUCAAAUUCCAUAGUCAAUUAGUCAUCUCGUAACCCGUAUUGAUCCAAUUGAUCAAACUUGAUUAGAUUUGAGCCUAAUUGAUCCACCCAUAAAAGCUAAGAGUGAGUGUAGCUGAAAUAAAUCUUAAACAGAUCCAAGAAUUGGAAGAGGUGAUGAUCCAAUUUAGGCUUAUUAAACGAUAUUCAGGUAGCUUUCCCUGUCGCACACUUUGGCAAUCAACCGUUGCAGCCACUUUCUCAGACUCAGAUAUUUCAGCAUGUAUUGUGGACGAUCGGAACCUUCUUGCUCCCACUCUCAACUCCAAAACCGGUCUUCACGUUCUGGACCUCAUCGACCGCGGUUCGCUCCAACCGGACCGAACCCUUUACAAUGCGCUGUUAAAGAGAUGCACCCAGCUGGGGAAGCUCAAAGAAGGAAAACUAGUGCAUUCUCACGUUCUCAAUUCCAAGUUCAAAAACGACAUCGUUAUUCAAAACUCAGUUCUCUUCAUGUAUGCGAGGUGUGGCAGUUUGGAAGACGCGCGCCGUUUGUUCGACGAAAUGCCCUGCAAGGACAUGGUUACUUGGACCUCCAUGAUUACUGGCUAUGCUCAGAAUGAACGUGCCAAUGAUGCGCUUGUGUUGUUUCCUUUAAUGCUCCGCGAUGGGGCGAAGCCCAAUGAGUUUACAUUGUCGAGUUUGGUGAAGUCUUGUGGGUUUAUUGCCAGUUAUAAUGAUGGGAAGCAAAUUCAUGCGUCUUGUUGGAAGUUUGGAUGUCACUCCAAUGUGUUUGUGGGGAGUUCUCUUGUUGAUAUGUAUGCUAGGUGUGACUACUUGGGGGAGGCGCGGUUGGUUUUCGAUGAGUUGGGGCGUAAGAAUGAGGUUUGUUGGAAUGCUUUGAUAGCUGGUUAUGCGAGGAAGGGUGAAGGAGAGGAAGCUUUGGCUUUGUUUGUGAAGAUGCAAAGGGAAGGUUAUAGACCGACUGAGUUUACUUAUUCGGCGCUUUUGUGUUCUUCUUCGAGUAUGGGAUCUCUAGAGCAAGGGAAAUGGCUUCAUGGGCAUAUGAUGAAAUCGGGUAGGAAGUUGGUUGGUUAUGUGGGGAACACUCUUCUGCACAUGUAUGCAAAGUCGGGGAGCAUUCAGGAUGCAAAGAAGGUUUUUGAUCGGUUGGUGAAAGUGGAUGUGGUUUCUUGCAAUUCGAUGCUGAUAGGAUAUGCCCAACAUGGGCUUGGAAAGGAAGCUGUGCAGCAGUUUGAGGAAAUGAUAAGGGUUGGGAUUGAACCCAAUGAUAUUACAUUCCUUUCUGUUCUUACUGCUUGCAGCCAUGCUAGACUUCUGGACGGGGGUAAACAUUAUUUUGGAUUGAUGAGAAAGUACAAUAUUGAACCAAAGGUCUCGCAUUAUGUGACAAUUGUUGAUCUUCUUGGUCGAGCUGGUCUUCUUGAUCAAGCUAAGAAUUUCAUAGAAGAAAUGCCAAUUGAACCUACUGUAGCUAUCUGGGGUGCUUUGCUUGGUGCCUCUAAGAUGCAUAAAAAUACAGAAAUGGGUGCUUAUGCUGCUCAGCGGGUUUUUGAGCUUGAUCCUUCUUAUCCAGGGACACAUACAUUGCUUGCUAAUAUUUUUGCCUCUGCUGGUAGGUGGGAGGAUGCUGCAAAAGUCAGGAAGAUAAUGAAAAAUAGUGGGUUGAAGAAGGAACCAGCUUGUAGUUGGGUUGAAAUUGAGAAUUCUGUCCACGUUUUUGUGGCCAACGAUGUUGCUCAUCCACAGAAUGAUAAGAUUCAUAAAAUGUGGGAGAAGCUAAAUCAGAGAAUUAAGGAGAUUGGGUACGUUCCUGACACUAGUCAGGUGCUUCUGUUUGUAGACCAAAGAGAGAAGGAAUUAAAUUUACGGUAUCAUAGUGAGAAGCUGGCUCUUGCAUUUGCCCUUCUAAAUACUCCUCCUGGAUCCACCAUACGCAUUAUGAAGAAUAUUAGGGUUUGUGGUGAUUGCCACUCAGCAAUAAAAUAUGUGUCAUCGGUGGUGAAUAGGGAAAUCAUAGUGAGAGACACCAAUCGGUUCCAUCACUUUCGUGAUGGUUUCUGCUCGUGUGGGGACUAUUGGUAGUGCCAAUUUUUAUCAACUGAUCAUAGAGAAGUAUUGUGGGAUAGUUAGAGAAUACUAUUCAUUUAUACCUUAUUCACUCUGUUUCUGGUUUAGUUGAUUUUCGCAAGAUUCUCUUCUUAUUAUGUGAUUUGACAGUUAAUUUUUGCAUGAACGUAAUGUCUGAAUCUGAAGGUUCAAGUAAAUAUAAGAUAUGAACGUGCUAAGGUUACAAUAUGCAAGGGUAAGUGUCUAAGUGAGACUUAGUUAUUUAGCUUCUUAUUUGAGGCAGAAAAUCAGGUUAUAGUAUGAAAUUAUUCAUUUAUUUUUGUUCCUGAGAUACGUCCAAAAAUCAUAUUUUACCGGUUGUAUACUAAUUUCUGCUCUCUUGUACAAGAUAAUCUUAGAAGUCCCUUUUUUUCUUCUGUUUAGAAUUUAUUGUCUUUCAAUAACUUUCCUGUUUACUAUUUUGUCAUUGUUUGUCAGUGCUUGUUGUCAUUUGGUGAAAUAUUGGAGACAAACUUCCUGGUUUAGUGUAUAGGAUUUCUAGUAACACCACUAAUAAUGCAUUCUGUUUGAGUAUUCUUAUUGAAGCCUAUCUACAAUUUUCGCUUGAUGUGAGCUUUCAUAUCCUGUCAUUCUAUUUUAAUAACUACCUGUACUUUAUGCUAGCCUCAAAUUGUUUUACCAGCAUAUUUAUUUAUUUAUCUUAAUUUUAUUGUUCUUUAUCAGUCUAAUGAGCUGUGCUGUUUCUUUACAGUUUACACAGAAACAUAUUGCUGCCCAUGGGUGACUUUUAUUAUUGAUUCCUGUAUUAACUGAAAUCAGCUAUCUAUUUUUCUCUUCAGUGACUAUAAAGACUGGCAAGAUAGAUAAUUGAUGAGUUCUCAGAAAAGGCAUCACCUACAAAUAAGCCCAAAUUUGCUUUGCAUCUUUUAAAAAUAAAAUGUUUCUUGACAAAAAUAAUUAAAUCGUCUCUGGUAGUGUGUUGAUGUUAUUUGGUUGUUCCAGGUACAAUAUCUAAUGUAAGUAACAACGGAAAUGCUAUUAUAGUUGAUUGCUGGGUCUUUCGCUCCCAUUUUCUAGCUCUUUGAUCCUGAUAGUAAACUAGCACCAAAUCUGAUUUGACCGUCUGUCGAUCCUUGCUGUUUAGCAGUUUCACUUCUUCUUAGCUGAGAAAAAUUUGUUUCAAACCCUGCUUUUUUUCUUUAUGCCACACCCCGAAGAAUUGUACUUUAUCAACAAAAAUGCAGGAGCAAAUUUAGGAUAUCUCUGUAUCAUUAUUACAAGAAUAAAUGGAAACACAGAAUUCCCUCAUUAAUGGAAUUCUUGUGAAUAAAUUGAUC